UUCAAAAUACUUUUAACAUUUUCCAGAACUUUUGAUGACCGUUUCACUUUUCUCGCUUUUGAUGCUGAAUUUGCUUCCGGUUUCCGGAAAUGUGAAUUUUUAAUUAAAGAGACCAGCUUCUUUUCUUUAUGGCGUGUCUGGAAACAUCUACGGUUUUCCUCUGAAGUCGGUGCGCGAUGAUUGCGACUUGCUAAUUGCAGUUUGCUUCUUAUUAGUUGCUUCUUCGACUUUGUAAGUUUACACAGAUUGCCGGACUAAUUUAUUUUUAUUAUCGUUGUUAACGAUCUCAUCGCUUGGUUGAUUGAUAUUGGAAUAUAAUGGCGGAAAAGUGUUUUCCGCGUGGUGGCGGCGAGUCUGCGGACGGGAAUGCCAGCGGAAAGCGAAAAGGAUCGCAGGGAACCAGCGCGGGUCCGCGACGCAUUCACAAGAAAUUCUCCGAGACUGGCGAAGCUGGGGACGCAGGAGCGGAUGUUUCCCAUACUGAGCGAGUAGUUGACCGCGAAUCCAACAUUUUCACGAAAUUGAAAAAGCAGAAGUUGUCGCGAGAACGGCGUAAAGCGGCCGUGAAAGAACAGAAGAAAAACAGGCCUAAACCCGAACAGCUGGUUCGCGAUGAAGAGAAAAUCAUUGAGCACCUGUCCUACACGACUUUGGUGCCGGGCAUGGUGCUGCUGGGACGGAUAAAAGAAUUCCUGGGCUCGGAAUUGCUGCUGACACUCCCGGGAGGCCUUCGUGGAUUUGUUAAUCCGUUUGACAUUUCCGAUGCGUUUUCGCAGCGUUUGCGAAGCCUGGAACAUGGAACCAAAUCGGAAGACGGCGAAAUUCAGAAACUGUUGGGCUUUUUUCCGCCCGGUCGCAUGAUGAUCUGCAAGAUCAAAUCCAUCGCCAAAGACCCCACAAAAUCCGCCCACAACCACGAGCGCAUCACCGUCCAUCUGACGCUGAACCCGCGUGACAUCCUGGCCGAAAUGAGCCAGCACCUCUUCAACGGCACCGUCAUCCCCGCCGCCAUCGCCAGCGUGGAGGAGCACGGUUACGCGAUGGAUGUGGGACUGGAGGCGCAGUCCAUCCGCGCCUUUUUACCCCGUGCGAAGGGGGUUGUGGAGGAUGAGGUGAAUGCUCCGGUGAUGGAGGCCGGGCAGGUGGUGAUGUGCUGCGUGGAAGCGGGCGGGUUAAGCAAUAAAAACAACACGGUGCGGGCGCUGCAGCUGAAUCGCAAUGUGACGGCGGUGGAGUUUGCCGGGAAGAAUAUCAGCCCGGCGAAUCUGCUGCCGGGGGCCAUUGUGGAUGUGGUCGUGGAGAAAGUUAUGGAGACGGGCUUGCGGGUGGCGUGUGGAUCGGUUCAGGGCUUCGUUUCCCGUUUCCAUUUGAUCGGUCCCAUCGAUUCCCUGGAAAACCACAAUGAAAAGGAAAAAAUGGCCGCCCGCGUUCUCUACAGCAAUCCAGUGACCAAACAGACCGCUUUCUCGCUGAAAACAUCGUUGUGGAACGCCCAGACAUGGAAUCAAAUCUCCCACGGAGACCUGUACGAAGGGGUGGUUAUACAGGAAGCCACUGUGCUAGCUGCUGUGGAAAAUGUGGGCGUGUACUUCACUCUCAACGAGACCCGCGUGGCGUUCGCGUCGCGCAAGAAUCUCGGCAUUCCGCCCACCGACAGCGUCAAGAUGCGCUUCAAAGCCGGUACGCAGCAUCCAUGCGUGGUGGUGGGCUUCAACGAUCUGGAUGAGAUUGUUCUGGUCAGUUUGAAGCAUUCCCUGAUCAGCCAACCGCUCUUAUCGUAUCAUGACGUCAAAGUGGGACAAGUGCUGGAGUGUAAAGUGCGCGGAUUGGUGCCGGGUGGGGUUGUGGUGGUGAUUGGCGAGCGCAUACAGGGAUUUGUUCCGGCUGCUCAUUUAACCGAGGUCCCAUUGAAGCAGUGGGAGAAGAAAUUCCGCGAUAACAUGCAGCUGACUUGUCGGGUGAUGGAUGUGGAUCCGGAACGGCGCAGUUUAGUGUUGACGCACAAGAAAAGUCUUCUGGACUCCAAGGAGCCCGUGCUGCAGUCGUACGAGGACGCCGAUGCGGGGAAGGUGUUCACGGGAGUCAUUGGGAAGAUCCGGGAUAGCGGGAUGUUGAUCCGCUUCUUCCAGCGGGUGCACGGCUGGGUGCCGGCCACGGAGUUUGUGGAGGGGAUCAGUCUGGAGAAUCUGUACUAUGAAGGACAGACGGUGCGGUGUAAAGUGCUACGUUGUGAUAAAAAGACCAGCAAUCUGCAGUUGUCGCUGAGACUGAUUAAAGCGGACGCGCAGGCUAAAAUGCAGGAGUCCUCUGGCUUGGCUUCCAUCGUCCAGUGUCGCGUGAAUAAAAUCACGCCAACCGGAUUAGAAGUUCGUUUGAUCACGUCCGAAGCCAAUGGAUUUAUUCCACUGGUUCAUCUGAGCGACACGCCGUCUUCCGCUCCACCAUCGCUGUCCACUUUUCAAGUGAACCAGUUGAUCAAAACAGCUGUUGUGAUCAAACUGGUUCCCCUGACCUUCUCCAUCAAACCCUCGUACAUCGAAGCCGCCGAGCAUCACGAUGUACCGACGGCCUUUGAGGACUUCCAUUUGGGACGUGAGACCGUGGCCACGGUGAACAACAUCAAGAACUACGGGGUGUUUGUGGAGGUGGCCAAUGGAGUAGGCGGAUUGCUGCCGAAACGCUUAAUGACUGAUUCGGCGAUGGAGCUGCAUCUGGGCGACAGUGUGCUUGUGAAAACGGAGCAGAUUGAUGAGGAAAAGAGAAGGGUGCUGUUUCGAAUGGUGAAGAAAAUUGGCGAUGAUGCCAGCGGCGCCAGUAAGGCCGAGAAGCCGAAUAGUAAAAGCGCUGCUAAGCCUUCAGCGGACGAGAAACCACCAGUCAAUUUGGGAAAGCAUUCCUACGGCGACAUAGUUUCCGCUAAAAUAAUCGCCGUGGAAAAGACCCGGCUAAAAAUCCGCACCACCGCCAAAAUGGUGGGAUAUAUCCGGCAGACGGAACUCUGUGAUCAAGCUAAUAAUAAGAAAGCCAAACUGGAAUUUUACCACGUCAAUCAGAUUGUCAUAGCCCGGGUUAUCGGGAUGAAGAUGCUGCCGGUGCGGAUGGCCAAGGGAAAGCGAAUAUUAACUAAGAAAGUGAUUCCGAAACCACCGGUGUAUGACUUCUCCAUCCGGCACACGGUGCUGGCCGCUAAAGACGUGGAAGAGCUGCGACAGAUUGUGAAAGAGGAGAAGACCGGAAGUGGUGUGGAGAUCAAGGUGGAACCGGAUGCGGAAUUUGUGGGAUUGACUGUGACGGAUAGGAGCAUCGUGGAACUGAAGAAUACCAGGAAAACAAAGAAGCAGCAAGUUGUGCCGAGCACGAAUGUUACUUCAUUAUUGGCGCCAACGUCCUUGCCAGCGUUUUCUUGGGAUGAAGAGAACACCGCAGAAGUCGACAGUGGUGUGGAUUUUGGCUUUAAUACUGGCAGCGAGGAUGAAUCAUCAAGAAAACGAAGAAAGCUGAGUAGAACGGAAGAGCGGAAGACCUACGAUAAUGAACGCAUCAGGGACGUUAACGGGAAUCCCUUGGAAACAGUUGAUGAUUUUGAGAAACUUGUAUUAACUACGCCUAAUGAUUCCAUGGCCUGGAUUCGGUUUAUGGCGUUUUACCUGGAGAAACGGCAAAUUCCUGAGGCCAAGGCUGUGGGACAGCGCGCACUAAAAGCCGUAUCGUUCCGUGAUGAGACAGAGAAAUUCAACAUAUGGAUCGCGUUGUUAAAUCUGGAGAAUCUCCACGGCACCAAAGAUUCCCUGGAAGACGUUUUGCAGAAUGCCAUUCAGCAUAACGAUCCUCUCAAGAUCUAUCGGCAGAUGGCGGCUAUUUUUGUCAACACUGGAAAACACGAGCAAGCCGAGGCGACGUACAAGAAAAUGACCGGUCGUUUCAAAGAUGUGAAGGAAGUCUGGAUGGAUUACGGUGGAUAUCUGAUGAAGACGGGGAAGAACGAUGAAGCGCACCAGUUGAUGCAGAGAAGCUUAAAAAUCCUGGAUGCUAAAAGUCAGGUGGAUGUUAUCGUAAAAUUUGCCCUGCUGGAACUGCAGCACGGAUCGAAAGAGCGAGCGAAAACCAUGUUUGAGAAUCUGGUUGCCAAUUAUCCGAGAAGAACAGAUUUGCUACACAUGUAUUUGAGUCAGCUGAUCAAAGCACAAGAAAGCCCACCUGUUAUCAGGAAUUUGUUUGAACGGAUCAUCGUGAUGAAAUUCCCUGCCAAGAAAAUGAAGACUUUCUUCAAGCGCUACAUGGAAUACGAAGAGCAGCACGGAAAUGCCGCCACGCUCGAACAUGCCAAAGCCGAAGCGCAGCGCUGGGUGCAGGAACACACGGAAUCGGUUUAGAUACUAAUCCAAAAAUUAGUGACUCUAGUUAUAUUUUGUGGAAAUUUUUAACAUGUUUUUUGCUGGAAGUUUUACCCUUGAGUUGCGUGACUAGUUAAAGAAAAAUUCAAGAAUUUAUAUACUGCAGAA